GCCGCGCAGCGCCAUCUAGCGGGGCCUGCCGCGCGCCAGGUGCGCCAUGCCCGCACCGCGGCCGCCGCCCGCCUCCAGUCCGCCGACACGCGCUUUAACGAAUACACGUCCGUACGGCUCUUACACGCCGCAACACGCGACGCGCGCGUUUCGAACGUAGUGCACUAUCGCGACCGGUUCGCCGCCGCCGAUGAGCAAACAGUGACAUCUCGAUUCUUGUGCUGUGUGACUUGCAGUGAAACUCAGUGUGUACUUGUGCAAGUGAUGGAUUACUACGGAUCCUCCGUCGAGUGCUGACCACGCCGGGUCUCGGGUCGUAUGCCCCGGCGCCGCUAGCACGGACGCGCCAGCAUGCGCGCCCCCGCUGUGCUCAUCGCCCUGAUAGGGUUUCUACCCCAGGUGCUGACAUCUGGUUCCUUCGAACUUAGGAUAAAAAGUUUUACGAACUCGUUGGGUAGGUUAAGUAGUGGCCAGUGCUGUGAUGGUUCCUCAAGUAGUAGUGAUGCGCCGUGUUUGGCGCCGUGCAGGACUAAAUUCCGAGUGUGCCUCAAGAUUUAUCAAGCAAACAUCGAUACGACAUCACCGUGUACCUUUGGUGAUAUCACGACACCAGUGUUGGGUGGAAACUCAUUGGAUGUGCCUAAUCUCAACGUGCAGGGGUUUAGCAAUCCCAUCGUCUUCCCCUUCGAUUUCACAUGGCCGGGCACAUUCUCGCUCAUAGUCGAAGCGUGGCACGAUACGAACGAAACGUCGAGAUCAGAUGACACACUAAUCGCGCGGAUGACUAAGCAGAGCAUAGCCGACGUCGGAGGGCCUUGGGUUGAAGAGGAGCAGCGGUGGGGUGGUCCUGGUGAAGCCCACUUGAGGCUGUCGUACCGGGUGACCUGCGCGGCGCACUACUACGGAGCCGGCUGCGAGGUGCUGUGCAGGCCGCGGGACGACGCCUUCGGUCACUACACCUGCUCCCCGUCUGGCGAAAUCGUCUGCAAGCCCGGCUGGACUGGGGAUUACUGCUCGAAACCGAGGUGUCUGCCCGGCUGCGACGCGGAGCACGGCCACUGCCUCAAGCCCGACGAAUGCAUUUGUCAUACGGGCUGGGUGGGCGAACUCUGCGACCAAUGCCAGCGGCAUCCGGGGUGCUUCCACGGCACCUGCACGAAACCUUGGGACUGCAAUUGCGACGAAGGCUGGGGUGGGCUCUUUUGCAACCAAGAUCUGAACUAUUGCACUAAUCACCGACCCUGCAGAAACGGCGGAACUUGCCACAACACCGGGCAAGGCAGCUACACCUGCGUCUGCCCCCCAGAAUAUACGGGUCUCAAUUGCGAAAAAUCAUUACAUUCCUGCGCCGUGCGACCUUGCCUGAACGGAGGAGCUUGCGUCCAAGAAGGCAAAGAACUCGUCUGCGCCUGCCCGUCCGGAUUCGAUGGGGCGCAAUGUGAAACACGAAUCCUUACUUGUGCUGAUCAACCAUGUCGCAACGGAGGCACUUGUGAAACUAGACCAUCGGGCUACGUGUGUACUUGUCCACCUGGAUUCGCCGGCACCGAUUGCGCUUUAGAAGCCGAUCCUUGCGCGGGCAACCCUUGCCGGAACGGAGCGACUUGCUCGCGCGCCGGCGACAGCUACAAAUGCUCCUGCAAGCCCGGCUUUAAAGGCAACCGAUGCGAGGUGGACAUCGACGACUGCGCAGGGGUAGUGUGCGAGCACGGUGGGACUUGCGUCGACCUGGUGAACGACCGGCGAUGCCAAUGCGCACCCGGCUUCGUGGGCGCGCGCUGCGAGACGCGCGUCGACUUUUGCAAGGCGAAGCCGUGCGCAAACGGGGGCAAAUGCCUGGUGCUCGACAACGACUACGAAUGUAGAUGCCAGCCCGGUUUCGAGGGGAAGGACUGCAGCAUCGACAUAGAUGAGUGCGCGUCUUCGCCGUGCCAGAACGGGGGGACGUGCCGCGACCGAGUCGACGGCUACCACUGCGACUGCUCGGCGGGUUGGGGCGGGAAAGCGUGUACUGUAUUGCUGGCGGAUUUCGUGUCGAAGCCGGCGGGGGGUCACUUGAGGCGGGUGGGGGAGGACGUGGAGGAGGAGAGUUUGUCGGGGCAGCACGUGGCGUUAAUAGCGGCGCUUUCGGCGGCGGUGCCGGCGUUGGCGCUGGCGGCCGCGGUGGGCGUUGCCUGCGUGAGGAGACGGAGAAAACGCGCGCAAAACGCCGCGGAUGCAGAGGCGCGCGCUCAGAACGCGGCCAAUGCAGGCGGCGGCGGGCGCGUGAUCCGCAACACGUGGGGCAAGUGCGACGCGCCCGCGCCCGAGUGCCAGAACGCGCACAACGCCGCCGCGGAGGAGUGCAAGCGGAAGACUCUCAACACGGAGAGCGCCGCGCGGCUCCUGGCGGCCCUCGACCCUAGACUGUCGAGGCUUUCGUCAGACUCGGCGUAUUGUGCCAAUAGCGAUACGUCGUUAGUGAAACGGGCGCUCGAAGGCGGAGGGGUGUAUGUGUUAGACGACCACUGCUUACCGCCGACCUUCGCCACGCAAGUGUAGUGCGCGGACACGCGAUGAACUAGGAAAAAAUAACUUAUUUAUUCACAAACGGACGCUCGUGCGAAACCAAUCAGGCUGUGCGCCGCGUGUAAAUAUAGAGAUAAAUACGAAGAAAAUAAAAGUGUAAAGUGACACCCCCUGUAUAAACGGCUAGGAUUAAGCAUUCGGUGUAUUUAUUCGCGAUCCGUACGCCAUGUAAAUAGUAAAGGCGGGACGGAUCGCACUCUCUCCGCCCCUAUCGGCGAGCGUCACUGUCGACUGGAAUGUGUUCAAUGUGUGUUUGUGUGUAUGUGUAUCUCUUUACACGUCAGCCAAAAUUGUAAGUUUGGGUCCACACGUUAAGUACGCUAAUCGCUUUUUUACAGUAUAGUUUUUAUUUUAAACUUACUAUUGAAUCGUUGACAAAAGACAUGCAGUACCAUUGUAAUGUAGCGUGUGCACCCAUUCUAUGGUGUAGUGAGAUUAAAAACCCCAGUGUCCGCCGAUGUGUGAAGAUGUACAAUCGAGGACACAGUUGGAAGUCCUACGUAAUUUUAAUUCGUUUAUUGCUUGCAUUCAAUCUUGUUAGUUCGUUUUUUCCUAUUAUCGGGAUUGAAGCAAUUAUGUUUGAAAUUGGAAGACAAGUAACUUCCUCAAAGCUCCUUGAUUGUACGCGUCAAGAAUGAAGUUGAUGGUGAAGACCGCGCGAGCUGUGGGGCCGUGGUGGACCACGUCCACUGUCUGCGAUCUCUGUAGGUAUCGGUGCGGAGCGAGCGCCCGAGCAAUAUCGGUCUGUUGCGCGUGGCACCCGCCAUUCGCAGGGGCAAUACUUGCCGCCAUUACUAUUGCAACCAUUUUAAAUCUCGAUCCAUCUCUGCAAUCUCCCCUCAUUUUUCUAUUUUUCCGAAAAUAAUCAUCUUUUUUAUCUCUAUACUACAUAGUGUAGUGUUUAUUUCCAUUUUGAAUCCACAUGCUUGUUUUACCACACUUGGUAUAAAAGUUAAAGCUAUUUCUCAAUGGUAAUAUUUCCCAUUCUCUAUAAUGCUAAGGUAUUGUCCCUGCGAAUCUUAUGACACCACUAAUAACACUAUCUUUCUCGACUCGCACCAGUACAGAAGCCAAACCGUGCGUAAAUUAAGAUUCUUAGACUAAUUUAUGAAAGGAAAACGCGAAUGAUGCGUUCAUCAGUUUUUUUUACAUUGAUUAUUUUUUUGUGAUUGACUAAUUAUUGUCGUUUGUUCCUAUGAUUUAUUAUUAUAGUGAAAGUUAUAUUUCCGUUAAAAAUCUUGUUCAGGUUUUCUUGAAAAUCAACAAAGAUUUUUUGCAAACUUUUUAGCUUCCGCAUUUUUGGAUGGUGUACAUCAGUUAGCACAAUAACUUUACGUUCCUGGCCCGAACGCCAUUUUUGUCUUUUCCAUUUCGUUGUCGCCAAUGGAAGAGGCACAAAUCGCUUUCGAAUAAUUCAAAAUGUGAAAAUAUCACGCGCGUUGUUAGUCCAUAGGUUAAAAUAACAGGUGUACUUAUAACUAAGAAACAAAUGUCGAAACCUAAGUCAUUUUGUAUAGAAAAAAACUAUUAAGUUUUAGAAUUGUAAGUAUAUUCUCCAUUAUUUUCGUAAGAGUACUUUGACAAUAUAAAGCGUCACUAGGCAACAUAGGACAUAAUAAUUCAGGUUGUUUUAACUUAUUUAUUUUAAUAGGUACAGUUCUCGAAGUACGUUGUGUUAAUGAAGAUUUGGACUCUCGACAGAACACAUGUUCCUUUGUGAAUUUGUGUGCUGUUGACAGAGAAUCGUCUAUGAAAUAAUUUAUGUAAAAUUACAGUUUUUUUAUAUAUAAAACUUGUAGAUAUUAUUUGGUAAGUGAUAGGUGUUACCUCUUAUGUUGCCUUUUGUACGAGGACGUAGAAUAAAAUGGUAAAAGGACAAUUGUAAAAUUUAUAUCAAGAUAUGAAUAGACUGAUCAAUAAUAAUGUUCUUGUAUUUAAUUUUGUAAGAUGACAAAUCGUAAGUUUAAAAUUAUGCGGAAAUAAACACAAAGCCAAUUAUUGUUCUACUACAAUAGAAUGUUUUGUACUUAAAAUUGAUCACAAUGAAUGUCUUUCAUUUUUCUUUUUGAGAAUUUUUAAUAUGUAGCCUAAUGAUUUAUAUUAAUUUCCGAGCAUACCAAUAAAAUGACAGUAUUUUAAUUAAUUUAUUACUACUUUAUGAUUACAUGUUUUGAAUUCCCGUGUUUUAUAAGAGAAAUCAUUGAUCUAAUUAUUUUUUGAGCUUUGCUUACAAUUGACUGAAGCAAAUUGACUUCUUGAUUAUUUUCGACACAUUUUUACUGGAAAUCAUGAAUGUAUUUGUAUUUGAAUCUGUGAGUAUACGGAAAUUAUAAAAUUCAAAUCAUUCCACUAGCUUAAUCUUUUUUAAAAAAUCUUAUAUAAUCUCAAUAUUUUCAUAAAAUUGUUUAUUUUGCAUGAGACCAGUGAUUUAUUAUUUUGUAUUGUCUGUGGUCAAAGUACAGUAGAUACUCCUUGUUACUUUGGUACAUUCUCAUUUUUUCUAUUUCAAAAGAAAAAUGAAAGUAAUCACCCAUAGAUAACUAAUUCCAUAGGAUUAUAUUGUCAGAAUAAAAGUCAAAUUGUAUAAAUUUUCAUCUACUUAGCUUGCCAUGGGCAUUCCCAGGCGUAGCUCUAAUGCAGUGAUAGUAAUUGCCAGAAUGCUUGUAACGUAUGUGUACGUGCAGUGAGGCCGCGAAAAAUAAAAUGUUAAUAAACAAUUGUUUACAAAAGA